AUGGGGAAUUUAUUCGCAAAGGAAAAGUUAAAAAGUCUCUCUUUAAUUACCCUUCCUGGUGGAUGCGAUGGGUACGUGUGGACAGGAGAGUCUCUUCACCUGCGUGAGUCACCGCAGAAAAAAGAGAUCCGGCUUGAAGAAAGAAAGACAGAUGCAAAUAUGUAUGUGGCAAGCAAGGAGGGUGACACCGUGCUUAUAUACGGCCAGGUGGACAUGCAUCUGCAGCCCAUACUCUCAGACUUCUACAUUCCCAUGCCACAUGAGUCACUUACGUUCUACAAGGAAAUGGGCGAGAGAAUGGAAGGGAGCAUAACAACAGAGCUUGCAAAGUAUUUCAACAGGCACACCAGCAGCAAUGAAGUGCCUUUCUAUCCUGUUCCUGUGACCACUCUGUCAGGAGUCUUCAAAUACUAUAAUUUCAAGGAGUUUAAAAAUACGCAGAAAAGAAGGCAGUUAGUAAAAAAGAUUCGCAUAGAGGAAGAGGUUCCAGAAGCAGAUCCGGCGAUAGAGAAAAGUGUAAAAAAGCAGAUAGGUGUGCGGUAUGGUGAGUUCAAAGAGGUUCUUAUGCUUGCAUUCAAAAAGAGGCGGGUGUGGCCAAUUAAGGGCCUGGAGAAGUACUUUAAAGAGCACCAGAAAGACUUCCAGGCAUGGAAAUGGUCUUCUGUGAAAAAUAUUCUGGCAUGCAUUGCAUACACGUACUCCACAGGCCCAUGGAAGAAGCUAUGGGUGCAGUAUGGAUACAAUCCAACAAAAGACCAAGAGGCGUACAAGUAUCAAGUGUACAUGUGGAAGAAUGUGUCAAAGGCAUUUGUCAUCAUGGACAACCCAGAAGUCUAUGAGAAAAUCAAAGAAACCCCAGAGUUUACACAACGAGUAUUCUCAGCAAGAACAGGAUUUCUAACUGAUAAAGCCCUUGCGUACAUGCACAAGAAGUUCUCAGAGAUGGCAGUGCCAGAGCCAGAGAAGCCUGCAGAGCAGCCCGACUUAUUCCAUAGCAUGGACUUUGAAACACUUGAUAACUAG